AUGGCAGUGUCAUCGGCGGCGAUGGCGAUGUUCCAGCGGUUAACGACAAUUGAGGAAAUCGGAAACGAGUGCUUGACUCGGUUUCAUUAUUCAACUCACAGACUCGCAGUUCGGGUUUGUCGACGACGGCAAGAGCUUCUCCAAAGCAAAGAGUUUUACUAUCACAGAAAGCGUACCGGAUAUACCCAAAAAGCAGCUUGCUUGAUUCAGUCACUUAAGUGCGACUCCGAUCCUGAUGGAUCCAAACCAGUUGGUCCCCCAAGGUAUGGGAUCACCGCGUUUGAACCCGUAAGUGGAACCUGGGGUCGAGUUGACCCGGUCCCUAAGUACCCUGAUGGGCUUCCUUUGUUUUGUCAGAUAACGAGUUGUGAAGGAAAGAUUUUAGUGAUGGGUGGGUGGGACCCAACGAACUACGAGGCGGUGCGGGACGUGUUCACAUACGAGUUCACAACACAGAGGUGA